GACGUAUUUUUUGCCUUGAGGAUGGAUUGUAUGUGGAUAAGCGCUAUGAGAGGCCGAUGGCGCACACUGUUUGUCAUUCUUUGUCUCUGUGAGCUGAGCUCAGUGACGGGACAGGCUCGCUAUUCCAUACCGGAGGAGAAGGCAGAAGGCUCUUUUGUUGGAAACAUUGCGAGAGAUUUGGGCUUGGAUGUGGCCAGACUAGUAGCAGGUAAAGCUCGUAUUAUCACGAAAGAAGAUCGGCAGUAUGUUGAUUUAAAACGAGACAAAGGCACACUUGUUAUUAAAGAGCGCAUCGACCGAGAAGAGCUUUGUGGAAAGACGACGCCCUGCAGCUUCAGUUUCGACAUCAUUUUAGAAAAUCCAAUCCAGCUUUAUCGUGUAACAGUGGAGGUUACAGACAUUAAUGACAACAGUCCCUCCUUUCCGCAGCACGAGGUAGCGAUGAAUAUUGUUGAGAGUGUAGCAGCGGGGACUAAAUUUUCAUUGCUUAGCGCAAACGACCCUGAUGUUGGUAUUAAUGAUAUCCAGAAAUAUUCUCUAAAACCUUCAGAUAAUUUUAAAUUGGAAAUACAAAGUCAGCCGGGUGGGGCAAAAUUCAUAGAAAUGGUUUUACAGAAGCCUUUGGACAGAGAGAAAGAGGAGACUCACACUCUCAUGUUGAUUGCUUCAGAUGGCGGUGAGCCACAUAGAUCAGGGACGGUGAGAAUUCAGAUCACUGUGCUGGAUGCAAACGAUAACGCACCAGUGUGCAGCCAGCCUGUUUAUAAAGUAGAUGUUCGAGAAAAUACACCUGAAGGAAAACUGAUCACUACUGUUAGAGCAACGGACGCUGAUGCAGGGCUCUAUGGUGACGUCACUUAUUUUAUUCCUCAAAUCGGUGAGGCAGCAAAUCAGAUGUUCAGUAUAAAUGUUAAAACAGGAGAGAUUAAAGUUUCAGGUAAAAUUGAUUUUGAGAAAUCAAAGAACUACAACUUAAAUGUCCAGGCUAGUGAUCAUGGAGGUUAUUCAGAUACAUGUAAAGUAAUUAUUAACAUAAUUGAUGAGAAUGACAAUGUCCCUAUAAUUAAAUUAAUGUCAUUUUCUCAUUCUAUGCCUGAGGAUUCUCCCCCAGGUACAACUGUAGCUGUUUUUAACGUGAAUGAUGAAGACUCUGAUGGCAACGGUGUUGUCAAGUGCUCCAUUAACUCUGACGUCCCUUUCAAAAUUGAGUCUUCAUUAACAGGUUAUUACACCAUAGUGACAGACAACUUCUUAGACAGAGAAAGUGUUCCUGAAUAUAAUGUUACCAUAACAGUGUCUGACCAAGGCUCUCCUCCUCUGUCUACUAGUAAAAACAUUAACGUUAAAAUAUCUGACGUGAAUGACAACCCACCCAAAUUCCAUCAGUCAGAAUACAGUAAGACUGUACCAGAGAACAACUCUCCUGGUUUUUCAGUGUUUACUGUCAGUGCUAGUGAUGCAGACUGGGGCCAGAAUGCUCGAGUGUCUUACUUCCUGGAGGAGAAAGAGAUUAAUGGAGUAGCUGUGUCUUCUUUUGUCUCAGUCAAUUCAGAGAACGGUGUCAUCCACGCAGUCCGAUCCUUUGAUUACGAACAAAUCAAGUCCUUUGACUUUAACGUUACUGCCCGUGAUGCUGGAUCCCCUCCUCUGAGUUCUGUGGCCACGGUUUGCAUCCUUAUCCAAGACCAAAACGACAACGCCCCUCAGGUCCUGUACCCGGUCCAGACGGGUGGCUCGGUGCUGGCUGAAAUGGUGCCUCGUUCAGCAGAUGUGGGCUAUCUGGUGACUAAAGUGGUGGCUGUUGAUGUGGACUCUGGACAGAACGCCUGGCUCUCCUAUAAAGUGCACAAAGCCACAGACAGGGCGCUGUUUGAAGUGGGCCUACACAAUGGAGAAAUAAGAACUGUCCGCCAAGUCACUGAUAAAGAUGCUGUCAAGCAAAGACUGACUGUUCUAGUGGAGGACAACGGGCAGCCCUCUCGUUCAGCUACAGUCAUUGUUAACGUGGCGGUGGCAGACAGCUUCCCUGAAGUGCUGUCAGAGUUCACUGACUUUAGCAUGCAUGACAAGGAGUACAAUGACAAGCUGACUUUUUACUUAGUCUUGGCUUUGGCUGUGGUCUCCUUCCUCUUCAUCACCUGCUUGCUGCUUAUCAUAUCAGUCAAAGUGUACAGGUGGAGACAGUCUCGCAUCCUGUACCACUCCAACCUCCCUGUCAUUCCAUAUUAUCCACCACGUUACUCAGACACUUUGGGGACAGGGACUCUCCCACACGUGUACAAUUACGAGGUGUGCAGGACUACUGACUCCAGAAAAAGUGACGUGAAGAAUAUGCAAGCCAUGAGUCAAAGUUUAGUGAGUGUGGAUGGAGCUGAUGCUGAUACGUCACAUGUGACCAAGCUGUCAGAAAACUGCUCAUUGACGUCAACUUUGGUGAGUCUCAUUUUCUACCUUUGUCUGUUUUUGCUGUGUAUUAGUUGAUCAUUUACAGGCUUUAUUGAAACUUAUAAUACCCUGAAAAAGGUCAGUAUUUAUGUAUUUUUUUUCAGAAUGUGACAAUACAUUUUUUCUGUCUUUAAUUUUCAUCAACAAAUCAUUUAAAGUGAACAAAAUGUUUUAAAUUGAGGUAGUAUGAAUUUAGUUUAAAAUUUGUAAGCAACUAUUGAACCUUUCUAGGAGUAACGCAUGACAGUUUAAAUACACUUUUUUAAAAAUGUAAAACUGUAAUGUAAGGCAUUAUUUAGACAUAAAUAAUAUAAAUUUAAUUGGAAUUUUAACCAGAUGAGCUCAUAUUCUCAGGCAGAAGUACUCAUUUCUCUUGCUGGAUUUCUCAAAUCAUCCAGCAUUUCAUGUAUUUUUUUUAUUGUAUUGUAAAAGACAAUUACUUUGUUUUUGUUUGGUGAGUAGGUAGAAAGAUUCAGAGGAAUAAGUAUCACUUCUAAUUUUUGGUUUGGCAUUGUUGUCUUGUUGAAGGCCAUCAGUGUAUUAAAGUUAAAUACUUUAAAAUGUCAGGUUGUACUUCAGAUUUCCGUUGAACGUACCUCAAAAGUAAAGCAAAAGUAGUUCAACACAUUACAAUUCAUGGACAGUCAUGAUAUAAUGACAAUAUUUGAUAAUUCCAUACAGUAUGGCACCGUAUAAUGGAUGGUUUUGUGUCAGGUACAAAAGAUGUGCUCAAAGAUGCUUCCUUUUAGGGAGUCAUGAUCCAUGUUUCUGUCCAUGCAGAUGUCGUUGACUACGUUAAGAAGUAAAAAUUAAAUAGAAUCUGACAGUCCCAACAUUAUUACACAUUGGCAUUUACCACCUCUUGAGUGUACUUACUAUUAUGACCGGCAUAUCUAUCAAAACACAGUCUUCCUGAUGGUGUUUUAAAACCUCUGUCAUGUCAAGUUUUGUUUAUGAAAAAAAAAAAUAACAAACUAAGAACAGUAUUAGGUAUGUGUCCAACAAAAAAAUAAACGAAAAAAAAAACAUAACUUUGCUGAAUUUAUUGUUUAAAAAUCCAACUUGUGUUAUUUACAUUUUAGUGUUAUUUGUGAUAUCAUCUGAUGAUCUUUGCUUUUGUUCUGGACUGUUUGGAAAGGAUUUUUACUUUAUUAAUAUAUUCUACUUUCAGAAAUUUGAUCAACAGCCUAUAAACAAAUACAUCAAUUAUUCGUGAACUAUUUUGUCCUUUCAUGCAUUUGGGCUGGUAAUUACUUAUAGCAUUUUUACAUUUUUAAAAGGCUGAAUGCUGAUGCUGGAUAAAGAUGCACUACUGUAACAAAGCACUGAGGGCCGCUCUCGGUACGUCAUUGAAUAUCAGUGAAAAUAGUGUAGUGUUCCUCCUCUUCAACUCUUUUUAGACCUUCAUUGCUGAGAAAGACGACGGUCUGCUCGCCAUUUGAAGAGAGAUCUUUCUUGUGGAUCCUCUUGUACUUUUCGGAUUUAUUGUUUGAGGAACGCCUGCUUUUAUUUGUGAAGAAUCUCCA